AUGGAGCCUUCCCGGCCCUUCCGCCUGCCCGCUGCCGGCUCCGGCCCGGCCCCCGCUGCCCCGGGCAGGCUGCGGGGACUCCCGGGCCGCGCCCAGCGCCUGCCCCAGCCCGGCCCGCCCGAGCCCCGGCCCUCCCUGGCGCCGCUCUCGGCCCUGCUGUGCAGCCUGGGCCUCGGCGAGCGGCCCUGCCCCUCUCUGGAGGCGGGGGACUGGCCCCUCGGUAGGUGGUUGUGCGGGGGAGCUGCGGAGGCCCGGCCUGGCGCCCCGCUGCCCACUACACCCUCUCCUUCCCACAGGCCGCGGCAGCACCGGUGUGCGGAGGACGAGGGGGCAGCGGCGGUGGCAGCGUUCCCCACACGCGGGCGGAUCCUGUGGCGAGGCAGAGGGGACGCGCUGCCCAGCCCCCCCGGGAGAGAUGCCGCCGUGCCGUCCCGCGGGAAGCCCUGCACCACCGCUGCGCCUGCCCUGCACCCGCCGGGACCCCGGUCCUCCCUGCUGCCCGCACCCACCCCAGGGACCCCCCCAGCUGCCAGCAGACCGGCACUGGGGACGAAGCCGGCGGCGAAGGGAACCGCCUUAGCCUUGGGGCUGAACUCGGUUAAAAUCCACUGCCAGAACGAAGCCGUCUACCAGUACCACGUUACCUUCAGCCCCGAGGUGGAGUGCAGGAGUGCGCGCUUCACCAUGCUGAAGGAGCACCGGGCAGUGACGGGGGACGUGACCGCGUUCGAUGGCUCCAUCCUCUACCUGCCCAUCCGGCUCCCCCAGCCGGUCAGCGUGAAGUCUCAGAGGAGGAGCGAUGGGGAGGAGAUCACCAUCACCAUCCAGAUGACCAAGGUCCUUGAGCCCAGCUCGGAUCUUUGCAUCCCCUUUUACAACGUGGUUUUCCGGAGGGUGAUGAGAAUCUUAGAUAUGAACCUUGUUGGGAGAAAUUUCUUUGAACCCGCCCAGGCCACCAUAUUACAGCAUUACAGACUUCAGAUUUGGCCGGGAUACUCUGUCAGCAUCCGGAAGAAGGACGGUGGCCUCUUCCUCUUGGUCGACUCCAUCCACAAAGUCAUCCGCAGCGAUUCUGUCCUGAAUUUCAUGCACACCAUCUACAAGCAAAGCCUCAGCAGCUUCCAGGAUGAGUGCAUCAAGCAGCUGGUGGGCAAUGUUGUCAUCACCCGCUACAACAACCGCACCUACCGCAUCGACGACAUCGACUGGGACAAGACCCCGAGAGACAGUUUCACCCUGGCCAGCGGCGAGGAGAUCACCUUUGUGGACUACUACAGCAAAGCCUAUGGGAUCACUAUCAGGGAGCUGGACCAGCCGUUGCUUGUCCACAGGCCCAGGGAAAAACAGACGCUGGAGGGAAAGCGUCAGCUGGACAUGGUACUCCUCGUGCCGGAGCUCACCUUCAUGACGGGGAUCCCCGAGAUAAGGAAGGACAGUCGAAUGGUGAAGGACGUGAUGCGGGAGAUGCUGCAGAGCCCCAGGCAGCACUACGUGCGUCUCACCAGCCUCCUGCGCAGGAUCAAGGACAGCCCAGAGGCCUCGGGGGAGCUGAUGCGCUGGGGGCUCAGCCUGGACCCGGACAUCCACAGGACCCAGGGCCGAGUCUUGCCCACAGAGAGGAUCAACCUGCGGCACAGCUCCUUCGUCCCCGCCGAGGACCUGAGCUGGAACAAGGAGGUCACGCGAGAAGCCUCCAUUUCGGCGAUCGCCAUGAAUUACUGGCUGCUGGUUUACCCGAAGCGCCUGCAGGACCUGGCGAAGGAUUUGGUGGCCGCCAUGGAGAGCGUCUGCGGUCCCAUCGGCAUGCACGUCAGCCGUCCUGCCUUGGUGGAGCUGAAGGACGACCGCAUCGAGACCUACGCCAAGACCAUCCGAAGCGUUUUGGGUAGCGAGGACAAGGUGCAGCUGCUCCUGUGCAUAAUCUCCAGCAGCCGUGAGGACUUGUACGCGGCCAUCAAGAAGCUAUGCUGCGUGCAGUCCCCGGUGCCCUCCCAGGUCAUCAACGCGCAAUCCCUCACGGGCCAGUCGGGCAAGAUGAGGAGCGUGGUCCAGAAAGUCCUGCUGCAGAUGAACUGCAAGCUGGGCGGAGAGCUCUGGGGGGUUGACAUCCCCCUGAAGCAGCUGAUGGUUAUUGGCAUGGACGUCUAUCACGCCCGCAGCAAAGGGAUGCGCUCCGUCAUCGGCUUCGUGGCCAGCAUGAAUCAUGUCCUCACCAAGUGGUAUUCCAGGGUGGUCUUCCAGAUGCCGCACCAGGAGAUCGCCGACAGCCUGCGGCUCUGCCUGGCCGAUGCCCUCCAGCACUUCCACGAGAUGAACCAUUGCUUGCCCAAGAAGAUAGUCGUGUACAGGGACGGCGUGUCCGACAGCCAGCUCGACACCGUGCUCAAGUACGAGAUCCCGCAGAUGCAGAAGUGCUUCGACACCUUCGAGAACUACCAGCCCAGCAUGGUGGUCAUGGUGGUGCAGAAGCAAAUCAGCACCAACUUCUACACCCUCACGGCGGAGCAAUUUACGUCCCCUCCUCCGGGGACGGUCAUCGACCACACAGUCACCAGCUCGGACUGGCAGGAUUUCUUUCUGUUGGCCCAUCGCUCUCGCCAGGGCUGCAGCAUCCCCACGCGCUAUGUCUGCGUGCUGAACACGGCCAACCUCAGCUGCGAGCACCUGCAGAGGUUGACUUUCAAGCUCUGUCACCUGUACUGGAACUGGCCGGGCACCGUCCGGGUCCCUGCCCCGUGCAAGUACGCGCACAAGCUGGCCUUCCUCUCGGGACAGGUCCUGCACCACGAGCCCAGCGCCCAGCUCUGCGACAAGCUCUUCUUCCUAUAG